GGAGGAGGCGGAGGCAGCAGCAGCAGCAGCAGCAGCAGCAGCAGCGACGACGGGGCCAGGUCCUCCUGUCACAGCCCAGCUGGGAGCCGCAACAGCAGCGCGCUUGAACUGGUGCAACCCAGCUCGGAGAAGCGACUUGAUCCGCAGCGUCCUCCUCCUCCCCCACCCCACCCCGUCCUUUUUGCCCUGCGAAAGCACCGAACCGCCGCGGCGCGCAGGAUCCAGCCAGAGCCCUCGGCCAAAAAAGGGAGCGAGAGGGCGGACGGACGGAGGCGAGCCAUGGCUGGGUCGUCGGGAUGCGCCUUCGUUGCGCGCUGCCUCCUGGCGCCUCUGCUCUUGCUGAGCUCUUGCCUCGGCCCCGGAGCCGCAGCCAACACCCAGGGGAUGGGAGCGGCACUGGGCCCAACGCUCGGGACCCCCCAAGUGGCCAUGUUCUGUGGGAAACAGCUCCUGCACCUCAAUGUACAGACGGGGCGCUGGGAGCCUGAUGCCUUUGGCACCCACACCUGCUUCCGCACCACAGAGGAGAUCCGGAGCUACUGCCAGGAGGUGUAUCCCGAGUUGCAGAUCACCAAUGCUGUGGAAGGCACCCAGACAGUCAUGAUUGACAACUGGUGCAAAAAGGGGCGGCCCAAAUGCAAAGGCCACCAUAUCGUGGUGCCCUACCAGUGUCUGGUGGGCGAAUUUGUGAGCGAAGCCCUUCUUGUGCCUGACAAGUGCAAAUUCUUGCACCAAGAGAAGAUGGACUCGUGUGAGACCUACUUGUAUUGGCACAGUGUGGCAAAAGAGGCCUGCAGUGGUGAGGACCUAGAGCUUCACAGCUACGGCAUGCUGUUGCCCUGUGGGGCUGACCGCUUCCGGGGCGUCGAGUAUGUGUGCUGCCCCUUGCGCCCUCCACCUGUCAGGUUGGAACAAGCCACGGAAGCUCCCCAGAUCCUAGCCCAUCUGAGGGAGGAGGCCCAGCACAGCAACAAAGUUCCAACGGGACGUAUCCCAACGGAGGAAGAGAGCUUGGAGCUGGAAGAAGAUGGGGACCUGGAGGAAGAAGAGGAGGUGGACGAGGAUGAGGAGGACGAGGAGGAGAGCCCUGGAGACAGCGCUCCUGACCCCGACCCUUUCCCCCCUGCCUGGGAUGACUAUUUUGUGGAGCCAGGUUACUACGAUGACAGCAUCACCCAGACUACCAUCACUACCACAACGCAGACCACAGAAGAGGACGUCAAAGUGACCCCAACUCCUCGUCCCACCGAUGGAGUGGAUGUUUACUUUGAAAUGCCUGGAGACGGGAACGAACAUGCCAACUUCCUGCGGGCCAAGAUGGACCUGGAAGAGCGCCGCAUGAGACAGAUCAAUGAGGUGAUGAAGGAAUGGGCCGAGGCUGACAACCAAGCAAAGAACUUGCCCAAGACUGACCGGCAAGCACUCAAUGAGCACUUCCAGUCCAUCCUUCAAACGCUGGAGGAACAGGUGGCUAGGGAACGGCAGCGGCUGGUGGAGACGCACCUGGCCCGGGUGGUGGCCCUGCUGAACGAUAACCGCCGUGCGGCCCUGGAGAGCUACCUGACGGCAGUGCAGAGUGAUAAUCCCCAGCCGGACCGCAUCCUGGCAGCUCUGAAGAGGUACGUGCGGGCGGAACAGAAGGACCAGCGCCACACCCUCCGCCAUUACCAGCAUGUGGCCGCCGCCGAUCCUGAGAAGGCCGAGCAAAUGAAGUUCCAGGUGUACACCCACCUCCAUGUCAUCGAAGAACGGAUGAACCAGAGCCUGGCGUUGCUCUACAAGAACCCCCAACUUACUCAGGAACUGCGAGGAGACAUUGAGGAGCUGCUGCGAUCGGAAAGGGUAUCCACCAGCGACUUGCUCACCACCUCCAUCUCAGAGACCCGCACCACUGAGGAGCUCCUGCCCAUGGACAGUAGUGAGGAUCUAGUAUCUGAGAGUCGUUCUUACCCACACGACGGAGAAGAUUCUGAACAAGCUGACAAGAAAGCUUCAGGGCUGGCAGAAUAUGACUACCCCACUAGCGACAAAGCCUUGCUAUAUGAGUACGAACGUAAGGUCAAUGUGUCUGCCUCAGACGUCAAAGGCAUGGUGUACAAAUCCCAAGAGAUCCAACGCGAUGAGCUGGAGCCGGACACCUUGGUAACCAUCAACAGGGGUGCUCUGAUAGGCCUCCUGGUAGUGGCGGUGGCUGUUGCCAUGGUGAUCAUCAUCAGCCUCCUGAUGGUUCGCCGGAAGCCCUAUGGGACCAUCAGCCACGGCAUUGUUGAGGUGGACCCCAUGGUCAGUCCGGAGGAGCGGCAGCUGAACAAGAUGCAAAACCAUGGCUACGAGAACCCCACCUACAAAUUCUUUGAAGAGAUGAACUGAGCUCCUGGGUGCUGGGGGUG